AUGGAAAACCAAUCCAGAAUCUCUGAAUUUUUCCUCCGAGGAAUAUCUGAGUCACCAGAGCAACAGCAGUUAUUCUUUGGAAUUUUCCUGUGUAUGUAUCUUGUCACCUUAACUGGGAACAUGCUCAUCAUCUUGGCCAUCAGAUCAGACCCACAUCUCCACACCCCCAUGUACUUCUUUCUGGCCAAUCUGUCUUUUGUUGACGUAGGUUUAACAUCUUCCACAGUUACCAAGAUGCUUGUAAAUGUGCAGACUCAACAUCACACCAUAUCCUUUGCUGGUUGCCUCACACAAAUGUAUUUCUUUCUGAUGUUUGGUGAUCUGGAUAGUUUCUUCCUGGCUGUAAUGGUGUAUGACCGUUAUGUGGCCAUUUGUCGCCCUCUCUACUACCCCACAGUCAUGAGCCCCCAAGUCUGUGCCCUGCUGCUUGCAUUGUGCUGGGUCCUCACCCACGUUGUUGCCCUGACUCACACCCUCCUCAUGGCUCGGCUGUCCUUCUGUGUCCCUGGGGAAAUAGCUCACUUUUUCUGUGACAUAACUCCUGUCCUGAAGCUGUCAUGUUCUGACACUCACAUCAACAGGUUGACGGUUUUUGCCUUAGGAGGCACAGUACUCAUUGUCCCCUUUAUCUGCAUUGCCAUCUCCUACAUCCACAUUGUAUUGACCAUCCUGAGGGUCCAAACUCCUGGUGCAGGAGGCAAGACCUUUUCCACCUGUAGUUCCCAUCUCUGUGUUGUCUGUGUGUUCUAUGGGACACUCUUCAGUGCCUAUUUGUGCCCUGCCUCUGUUGCCUCUGAAGAGAAAGACAUUGCAGCAGCUGCAAUGUACACCGUGGUGACCCCCAUGUUGAACCCCUUUAUCUAUAGCCUGAGGAACAAGGACAUGAAAGGGGCCCUUAAAAGGCUCCUCAGUCACAGGAGAAUUGUAUCUUCUUAG